UGCCUUAGGUGGGGUGAUGAUAAUAAAAGACUGUGUUGGGAAAUGUCAUUCUUGUUCCGUUUCACACAACAAUACGAGCUGUGGCUCUUCUCCCUGGAGCUAUAUGAAAUGCUUAUGUGAGACAGAGUUUGAAUUUUCUUUAGGGUGUGUAAGUCAGCAUGUGACAUGUGUAUAUGUGUGUGUACACUCUCGGCUGAGCUGUUAAGUGGGUGACACAUUGAACUGUAGUCAGGAAUGCUACCCUGUGAGAAGAGGAAAAGAGGGAGAAAACAACAAUGAGAGGGGGAGGAGAGAGAGACAGACAGAGAGAGAGAAAGAGAGAGAGAGAGUACAGGAGGAUAAACCAGUGUGGCAGGUUUGCGUCACUGCACAGUCCAUCAUGCAAAGCUGAUGUAAAGAGAGGAAGACAGAGAGAGAAGAGUUAGGAGUUGAUGUCAUUACAGAGAAAGCUGCCUUCAGUAUGAAGCUGUGUCAACACCGUGGUCUGAGACAUGUAAGAGGUCCCUCGUAGAAAAGGUAAUGGGAGCUGUUUGCUGAACUUGUGUUUGGGAAUGAACACUCCAAGAGACAGUACGGCAUCAGCAAAACGAAAAGAUAAGCCAAAAGGAAUAAUCUCUUCUAGACCACAAGGCAGAGAAACAUCAGGAGCUUCCCUAAAAUAUUAAACUCUGUUUCUGUGCAAAAAAACAAAACAAAUGAGGGGACGGUAAUUGUUUCAAUGUUUCUUGCACACUGAAAAUGGCAGAGUUCAGAAAAGCUGCUUUCGGAGUGCAGUCAUAAAGAUAGUUACUUGGAAUCUCUUAAAUAUCAAGUUCACUCUUCCGCUCUCUUUUUGGGAUUUGGCACUUCACAGGUGGUCAUUAACUUUGUUUACCCUGGGACAAUGGACUUGUCUCUGCUCCCUUCUCCAGCGAGUGUGUACAACAGGCAGGGGACGGAGGCGCUCUUCACUGUUCGCUCAGCUAACUCUCCUUCAUACAGUCUCACUCGCAGGCCUGGUGUUAGGAAACCAAGAGGUUUUUCAGAGGAAGAGAGAGAGAGUGCUGAGGAAGUGGCAGAAGGAAAGAGAUAUCGUUCACAAUCUGGCGCAAAUGGAACCGUUGAGGAGGUGGAUGACAAAGCUUCUUGUUAUCAAGCCAGGAGUGGGAAUAGCAGCAGAGUUAUAAGUCAGUGUGAGGAGAAGGACCCCAAGAUGUCAACCAUGCCAAGCCACACUGGAAGAGUGGGAAAUACAAUCACAGAGUUUCGGAUUGACCGAGGCAAAAACAUUGCACCUGAAAGCCGUGGCAGGACAGAGUUUAGGAGGAACAACCUGCCAGCUAGAAGCAAGAGUUUGGAUUGGAAGACGGGGGAAAGAUGCCCAGAUCGGGGUCAAGGGGCCGACAUGUUCAUUUGGUUAACUAAGCGAACAGGGGACAUCAUUCAACCUGAUGGAGGCUUGGAUGAAAGUGCAGGAGUUCAAGGCACCAAGGAGAGGGUGAGGUCUUCAAUACAGGCCUACUAUAACUGUGCAGGUACAAGUAAUGUUGUUCAAGAGAAGAGCCCCGUGAGUUACAUGAGUCAGACUUUAGAUAGGACCAGUAAGGGACGCUCUCUCCCCUCCAGGUUAAGGUCCCAGUCCGGACCAUGCUCUAAUGUCAGAGCAACAUCUGCUUCAUCUGGUUCCAAAGGUGGUCAAAGUAUUCUUGAGCGGAUAGAGAAACUCUACGGCUCAGCUGGUUUUGGUAAAACGGAGGAAUCCAACCCCAAAGACACAACUAAGGAUUUCCUUAUUCCAGCACAGCCGAGGUCAUACGAUUGGACAUCAGGGGGAACCUUUCCAAGGAGUUUCUCAUCAGGACAGACAAGCAGCUUCAUUCCAGCUCAGAGCAGGAAUUCAUUCACGUGUACACAAUCAGAUAAAGUAGGUUCUGAGACUAUUUCUCUGACCAGGAUCAGGGAGAGAGUGUCAGGGGGGCAGUGGCCAGGACAGAUCCAGGGUGUCAAAUUGGGUAGAGGGUUAAAGGAAACUGGCACAAUGUCUCUGGAUAGAGCAAGGAGCAGGAACACUCUAGCAGAUCAAAUAAGAGCUACAAGAGAUGCUGGAGAAAUAGCUGCACCUUUGCAGUCAAACACCUCCAAAGAUCAGUUGAGAUCAGGUUCUUUGAGGGAUUGGUCUGGAUCGAGAGAAAGAAGAUUAAGUGGAAGUACUGAAUGUAGAAGGGUGAACCAUAGAGAGGAAAAAGGCAGCAGUAAUUUAAUGCAUGGGGUACAGAAAGAAAAAACUAAAUUAAAGAGUGUUAGCAUGGAUGAAGAUGUGUUUGAACCAAACCCAUCAAAAAUUACAAUAAAAACAAUAGAGAGGAACAAAGUACCAGAGGGCUUGUCAGUCAAAUCUGCAGCUAGUGUGAGGAAUAAGAUCAACCAGUUUGAGGCUCUAACACAGAGAUCUCAUGGUCCGGUUAUGGGACGGAUCCUGAUGCCGAGACGGGCCUUCUCAGUGCCAACACAAAUCAGUGGGGCUCAUGAUGGAGUGAAAAAGAGCGGGUCAGAUAAAGCGAUAAGCGGAUUAAGAGACAAAAGGGAGGAAUUGAAAGCUGGAGGGGAGAAAACUGAGGAGAAAAUGAAAGUAGCAGGAAAGAAGUUCGGGUCAGAAAGGUCUUUAUCAGUGGAUGAGUCUGGACAUAGGUUAGCGAGGAAAGAGAGAGAUGAAAGAUAUUUAGCUCAGAGUGAGGGAAAAGAAGCAGACAAGGCUGACACUUCUCCUGAAAAUUCAAACAAGUAUUCCAGACUUAAGAGCAGCCUUGAAAUCCCAAUAAAUAAAGGAGAUCAAAGACAGCGUAGUAACUUCUAUAUAGAUGAGUCGGAUUUCUCCAAGCUUUCAAGUCCUGAGGAGGCAAGUGACAGGCCAACUUCUUUACCUCUGUCCAACUCCAGUGACACUCCCGAUGGUCUGCCAAAAAUAUUACCCUCCAUAGUUACUUCACCUGUCAGUGAUGAAGACAGGACUCCAACCAACACUCCAAACCACUCACCUCUUCUCUCGCCCGCACCUCAAACAGAAAACUCCACUCCCAUUGCAGAAAAUGAAAGACUGUCUGAUCUCUUACAAGAGUCCAAAACACCUGAAGCAGAUGCCCUUCAUCUCCAUCACCACCUUGGCUCUUCAUCCCACAGCAACCAUCCUGGUCUUGUCUCCUCAGAUAUCAAUGAAGCAUUUCCAAAGGGAAAGAAACAAGUGUUGGACCUGGAUGCUUGGGUAGCUGGAUUGAGCCCGACGAUUAAGGUCUGGAAUGACGAUGAAGAUGAUUUCGAGGAUGAUGAUGAAAGUACACAGAAGGAUGAGGAUUCAAACUAUGAUUCAGACUCUGGAGAGUCGUCAGUGACCAUUACAAGUAAUAUGAGCCAAUCAGAUCGUCGGAGCUUCUGUGUCAGUCUUUCAGACUUGUGUAACUUUGCUGGAGUGGACUAUGAGUCAGAGAAUGACAGCGAUGAGUGGCAAUCUGUAGGUCGGCGAACAGCCUCGCUAAGCUCAGACAUGUCAGCUUUUUCCUAUGUGUCUGUGAUGCCAGCUGAUGAGCUCGACAAGCUGCUGGAGGAUGUCAGGAGCCUUGGUGACAGCACUCUGCAGGACUAUAACGAUGUGCAAGUGGUUGUUCUCCAUAAGGACGUGGGAGUGGGACUGGGCUUCAGUUUGGCUGGAGGCAUUGACCAGAACAAGCCAGUCACUGUUCACAAGGUGUUCCACUUAGGGGUAGCAGCAAAGGAAGGCUCAAUAUGUGAAGGGGACCAGGUAUUGUCAAUUAAUGGCACAGCACUGAGCGGUUACACCCACUGGGAGGCCCUGAGGGUCCUGAGAAGAGCAAAAACUCGGGAUUUGGGGGUGGUGGUCCUGAGGAAGGGAGGGAUGAGCAAUGUUAGUAAAGUGGGAGCGCAGACAAAAAGUCAAGUGCCAACAGCAACUCAGACCACAGAGACAGGUCAGCUUAUGCGUGUGCGCUUGGAGAAGAACAACAGGGAUCUGGGCUUCAGCCUGGAGGGAGGAGUGGGCUCCAGUCAGGUGGACAGACCACUGACUGUACAGAAGAUCUUCCAGGGAGGCCCUGUUGACAAGGUGUGUCCUGGUGAUGAAGUCGUAGAGAUUGAGGGUGUCAGCGUGGGGGGGAUGAGACGCCUGGAGGUGUGGACUCUGAUAAGAAGACUGCCCCCUGGGCCUGUGGAUGUGGUUUUGCGUCGCCCUCUGAAGCAUCUGGAAACAUGAGGAUAUUGAGUUUAGGAAUUGAAUUCAAACUAGAAACUAAAAGCCAUCCAUGAGAGAGACACUGUUGAACCUGACAUGUAUUAAGCUAUUUGGGGUUAAUGCCAAUAAAACAUUUAAGCUAUUAGUUUUUAAAGACAUUUAAACAAAGCCCCAAAAGGAAUAUAAUCUCAGAGACCGGGUCGAAAGUGUGUAUUUUUCUCACUUUAUCUACCUCACGCCUGGGAUUUUCUGUACCAGCCAAAAUGAAAGUGCACUGAUGGCUAAUACAUUAUAAAACCUACCUUUUGAUACUUAUUGUUUUGGUUAGUUGAAAGCUAUUUAAAAUGUUACACCUGUAAAUAAAAACACAUGUAUUAUAAUGUAAAUAGAAGUGAUCUGCAUUUAUAUUGCUUUUUUAAUAAACCCUAACUUAAAGUGA